GCCAACAAGUACAUGUAGUUCAAUAUGAUUACCAGUUGGUUAAACGAUAAGACAUGUGAAAGUCAUUGAAAAUACGUUCUUUAAAGUUAUGUAUGUUGUAUCGUUUAGUUAGAGCAAUACAUUUGUUGUGCUAAUUAUGUCUUCUUUGGUAUUGAGAAUUGGAAGGACGACCAAUUGUGUUCAGCACAUAUUAAAACGUGUGCAUGUCAGAUUACAGCAACCGAGAUCAUCUUUACUGACACUAGAUCCCGUGUUUAAGACAAAGCACUGCUCUGGUUCAAAGUGGGCAUUUUGUCACACUCGUUCGCUUCAUACAGGAGUUUAUUUGUGUAGUAGGAAAGAUGAGCAGAAGGACAACGAUCAGCUGUCAGUCUCCAGAAGUCCACACACUCCUCCCAGAGGGUCUGCAACACAGAAAGUUAAACAAGCUGGGAAAGAUUUCACCUAUUUGAUCGUAGUGCUCAUUGGACUUGGUGUAACAGGUGGCCUGCUGUAUGUGGUCUUUCAAGAACUAUUUUCCUCUUCAAGCCCAAGCAAAAUCUAUGGAAAAGCUUUCGAGAGGUGCAGAUCUCAUCCAGAGGUAAUUGGAGCUUUUGGAGAGCCUAUUAAAGGCUUUGGGGAAACUAGUCGACGUGGCAGAAGGCAACAAGUCAGUCAUUUGGAGUACAUGAAGGAUGGACUCAAGUACAUGCGGCUGAAAUUCUACAUUGAGGGAUCUGAACCAGGAUUGCGAGGAACCGUUCAUUCAGAAUCAAAGGAGAAUCCUGAGACUGGGAAGUAUGAAUUCCGAUAUAUUUUUGUGGAGAUAGACACAUAUCCGAGGAGAACAAUUGUCAUUGAAGACAACAGAUGAAAUGAGUUCUAAAACUGUGUUAAAUGCAUAUUGAGGAUUUUCAGUUGCAGACAAUGUUUUUCUUCUGAUAGCUGAAUUUAUACUGGUGCUCUAAUUAAUCAAAUUUGGAUUUGUCAUGCUGGAAUUUUGAUGUGUCGCAAGAUUUCGUUAUUAACUGUUGAUCUAGAAAUUGACAAAACCAAACAUUGGGCAUUUCGUACAAGGAUUUGCAUGUUUGUUUUUGUAUAAUUUGUGGUUUGCAUUAAAGAUUAACAUGGGAAAGCAUUUUAAUCCAUGUAAUGGAAAUACAGAUUAAUAAAGCUAUUUGAUACCAUUA